AUGGCAGUGUUCGUGCACAAGUUAAUUGCGAUGUACGUGGAUUUCUGCCUACGCACGGUACUCGUCCAUUUAUGCUUCAGCCAGGAAGCAUCCAGUUCAGUCAAGUUUUUAAACCCACCUGAGGUGCCGGAGUCAGUCUACCCUAUGGAGGUCCAGUACUCCUGCAGUGGGCCCUUAAUGGUUCAUGUACAGGUUUUAGUGUCUUUUGAUACUGGAAGCACUGUAACCAUCUUCCACAGGUGGUGGCCCUGCUUACCUGGUCCAGAGAAAAUCAGACCUGUGUUACUUCAUUUCCCAGACUGGCUGGUGUAUCACCCAGACUGGAUCAUAGAUCAGUCAUCCUGGGUGCUGUCGUGUCUUUUACGUAGCUGGGUGGGCAGCAGUGCAAGUGUAGAACCUGGCCGGUCACCUUCGGCCAGUGCGGUGGUUGCCAUGAACGUCCAGAAUCCACUGAGCCGGCCUUUUAAACAGCACUUAUUAUGUCCCAGCUGGAACACAGAGAUACGUUGGAAGGUGUUUGGAGAUAGAUGGCAGUGCCUAAAAGAAGAUGAGACACCAAGUCUGCUGUCUUCAUUAUAUGGAUCCACUGGGGAGCAUUUCGGCAUCACCAAAUCUCUCCAUCCAUUUAGGAAUGAAAUGCUAGAAGGCCAGCGGAUAAGGGCAGUUUCAUAUCCCUGGUGUGCCUUUACAGUCUGGGUUUUAUUAGAGCAGCCAUGCAGAGACCGUCUGUGUGGACUCUUCCAUCAUAUAGACUCUAAAGAGAACUAUGCCACACCUACUGUGUUCCUCACAAGAACAGGUCAGCUUCAUGUGCAGUUACAAGGAGAGGGUGGUCUAUCCUCAGCGUUUCUCUCUCCUUUCACUCUGCCUGUAGGCCUGUGGUGUCUUCUCACACUGGAGCUGAAGGGCAGAAUGGGAAAAAUCACAGUCUCCUGCACUGAUGGAGAUAAAGAUCCUCUUGUUUACUCUUUCGAGCACAUGUUUAAUAUAGCAGUGAUGCUGGAUGAUACAGAUGGCUACUUUGUGAUUGGUGGAGGAAAAUAUGUAAGAGGAAUUGAGGGCUUUUAUGGUCCCGUCAUAUACCACCGCACAAGGAUUCCUUCAACUAACCUGGUGCUUCAGCUCCCCUGGCCAGUAAGGAUGGUGAAUUUAUCAGGAUGGUUCGAGGCCUGUCAGGAGUUUAAACUAGAGGUUGAUCACAAAAUAGCUGAUGCUUCACGAGCAGUGAUGGUUAAAAGAGAGAGCUGUACAGAUGUAUACACCGCCCUGUUACUGAAAACCAAUACAACAUCCUCAAAAGCAGAAUGUAGCUCCUUUCAGCCACUCAGCAAACCACAGAGACGAAUGGUGGCUCAGCUGGUCAGGAUGCUAUCUGAAAAAAACGGCAUGGUUGAUCCAGAAUCUGUGGGCCGAGCUCUGUAUUCUGCUGUUCUGCGUAAGCUGAAUGCACAUGGCAGUGUGGAGGUGAUGAACAGACUGAUGCCCUCUCUCCUGCAAGCAGGAUGCUUAGGAGACAACAGAGCACUCCAUCUCUCUUCUGUUCUCUACAGCAGUGGACUUGGAGUUAAAAAGCAGCCCUAUAAGGCCUGGCUGCUGUCACUACUGGCAGCUCGUAAGGAUUAUAGACUGGCUCUCCUCCGCCUGGGGCACCUGCACCAUGUUGGUGACCAGACUGUACCUCCAGACCCUGACCUCUCCUACGCCUAUUACUCCAACAUCGCUAAGCAGACUUCAACAGAUCGACUCAACCCCUCCUCACAACAGACUUUCGUUGAGUCAGUCUUACUGAACGAUGAGGAAACACUGAAUGCCCAAACCAACACAAACGACGAUCUGUUUCACUGGCUGAAACUGCAGGCACGCAACGGAGUUGCAGACGCUGAGCAAGCCAUAGCCCGGAUGCUGUUCUGGGGGCAACAGGGGGUGACCUCAGAUAUCCAGACCGCUGUGAGGCACUAUGAGAGGGGAGCUACAAGACUGCAGGACCCUGUGUCCAUGUACGACUACGCUAUCGUUCUACUCACGGGCCAAGGAGUUCCGAAGGAUGUGCCCAGAGCCAUCACCUUUCUGAAAAAAGCAAUAGAACAGGGCUUUACUCCAGCUAUCACGGCUUUGGGCUGGUACUAUGAGCAGUAUGAGAGGAACUAUAAGCGAGCAGCAGAGCUUUGGGAACAGGCUGAUCACUUGGGGAAUCCUGAUGCUGCCAUGAAUUUAGGAGUACUCCAUUCCCAAGGCCUCUAUCCUGGACAAGCAGCAGACAAAGUUAAGGCUUAUAAAUACUUCUUAAAGUCAGCUCAGCGGGGCCACAUAAACGGAGGCAUUGAACUGGCUGAAAUCUGGAGUCGAGGGAUUUCUGGUUAUGUGCCUCGCCGUCCAUCAGAUGCAGUUCUGUGGGUUAAAUGGGCAUCUGAGCAGAAUGGAUAUCUUGGGACAGUCUUGAGGAAAGGCCUGAACGCUUAUCUUCAGGGAAACUGGUUUAUGGCCAUGAUUUAUUACCUGAUGUCGUCUGAGUGUGGAUUCAAGGCUGCUCAGUUUAACGUGGCAUUUCUGUGUGAGCACAGUCCUAGUGGAUCCUUAAAUUCAUCAUUUGUGACACAGUGUAUGCUACAGUACUACAACCUCUCCAUUCAGAGCCAGGAUCCUGACUCUUACGCGCUGGUGAAAAUGGGUGAUCUGCUGUAUGAGAAGCACACUGAGGGUCAAGGGGAUCUUUCUGCUGCAGCUGAAAUGUACAAAGAAGCAGCACUAAAAAACAACCCACAGGGUUGGUACAGUCUGGGUCUCCUUGUUCAGGAGGGACAGCGAUUACCAGCCACUGUACUCUCUCAGCUUAAUUUGCUGCAGCAUUAUUUUUCAGACAAGCACACACUUCUUACCACCCUGUACCAAAGAUGCCGAGACUCCAGCAGUGAUGAAGCACAUCUUCCCUGUACUCUUGCUCUGCUUGCUACACAUUUACAGUCCUUACAAUCUUUUGGAAAUUCGUCUAUAAAGCUGCUGAGUGUUGUGGCUGUUGCUGUUGCUACUCUCUCGUUCUUCAAAAUCAUCCCAGUGAUUCUCCGGCAGAGGUCAGCAUCUGUUCAGCAGAACUCUGUCCCCUCUGAGGCAGAGCAGCCUACAGAGCAGGAGGAGUCUUCAGGGGUGUGAACAGCUCUUUAUUGUCAUUGAUGCUCAUUCUUUGAGCAUCUUUCAACAUUCUCAGGUGGACACACACAGAAAUUACUUUAAAGUAUGAGUAAAGUUAUGAGAGACUUUUUUUUUAUUUUUGCUCCUGGACUCCUCUACACUGUUGUGGAGUGUAAUUCACUUUUACUCCACUGCAAUCACAAUUUAAGCACCCUUGUAGGACAUUUCACUGCUUUUUACUUGCAUUUUUGGACAAGCUAAGAGAAACAGAAGCAACUUUCGAAGUGUAGAGUAAUAUUAAAUCAAUUUGCACAAAUAUGACUCUGAUUACACAGCUUUAAACAGUUAUUUAUUACUAGUGAUUUUAUGCCUUUCCACCAUAUUUCCACAGUGCAAUAGUAGCACUCUGGCCCAUUGUGGCAAUAAUAAUGACACUAUUUCCCUAUUAUAGUUAAUGGAGCAUCAAUGUGGUUUUAAAGCUGUUUUUUUUAAAGAAAAUAAUAUACAGUACCAGUCACAAGUUUGGAAUAACACCUUCUCAUUUAAUGUUUUACUGAGUACUGAAAUUAUCCAUACUAUAAAGGAAGACAUAAGGAAUCAUAUAGUAACUUUAAACAAACCAAAACACUCUGGUGGCUCUUAUCUGGGGAGCUGUUAACUCAUGGAUGAACUUAAGCUGGUAACUCUGAUGAACUUAUCCUGGUCAACAGGGGUAACUCUUGGUCUCCCUUUUCUGGGAGAGUCCUGAUGAGUGCCAGUUUCAUCAUAACGUUUUUGAUGGUCUUUUUGCGACUACACUUAAGGAUGCUUUCAGAGUUGCUGAAAAGUUUUAGAUCAACUGAACUCAAUUUCUUAAAGUAUUUUUUUUAUAAUAUGGAUUGGAACAUUACUCAAGUAGGGCUAUUCAUUGUAUACCAACUCUGCCUCUUCACAACUUUACAACUGAUGCUCUCAAACACAUUAAGAGGCAACAAUUUAAAGUAAUAAACUCUUAAAAAGUUCAACACAGGUGUUAACUGAAAGCCAUUCCAGGUGACUUUACCUCAUAAAACUGACUGAGAAUCUGGCAUCUAAGCAAGAGGUGCCUUUUUUUUCAUAGUUGAUGAUUUAGUAUUAAUUUACAAUGCAGAUAUUUUUUAAGUAAUGAAAAAUCUCUGAAUUGAAAGUAUGUCCAAAUGUUUGACUGGUAUUGUGCGAAAUUACUUUUUUAAUCCAAAAUUUAUAUUUCUUAGUCUCAAACCUUAGAAUCCUUGUUGACCGGAGUUAAUACACACUGUUACACGAAAGCACCUAAAAGACACUAUUUCUGGUUAUACCAUCUCUUGUGUACUAUUAUUUUUUAUAUUUUUUUCUUUGUACAAGAUAAUGUAUCAAGUGGCCAUAUUUUGUUUAAUGAUAAUUGAAGCAGAUGAGAAACAGAUGCUUCAUUCAGUUUUAAUUGAUUAGUAAUGAGACUCUGAGGACAAAGAGCAGAACUGUAUUACAACUGCCCAUAGAAGCAGAAACAAAAAAAAAAACAAUAUUUCACACAUGAUCACAUAUUUAUAUUUUGUACUUAUUUUAAUUGAUGUCUAUUCAUCUUGCUUAAUGCUGAUCAGCUCUUCUAUUUUUUUUCUGUUCUGCUGAGCUUCAGACGCUGGUUUAAAGUAUGGUGGCCAUGUGGGCUCACUGUGUGUGUGUGUGUGUGUGUGUGUGUGUGUGUGUUUGGCAGUAAUAAAUGGCAUUGUGGCCACUGGGGAAAACUGCACUGACUGACAUGGGCAGCAGGUGUAUUCUGCUGAGUCACACCAGGACACGAAGAACACACAGUGCCGCUAAUUAAAACCCAGCUGACCCGCUGAUUACUGGAGGAGGGCGUAGUUUGUCCAGCCUUUAUGUGGGUGGUUGAAUUGUCCUGGGGACUUUGGCCAGUGAAGAACUGCUUGUGACCAAAGUGAUUAGGCACUUGCUGUGAAACCUUCAGCUUGAAAUCAGUUGGAAUGGUACUUUGUGUGUUAUUGGACUGGCUGAUAAAUUGACUUUUUCAAGCAGUUUUACAUGGAAGGACGUUAUGAGGCGUGGAUAUGCUGCUCUCACUUAAAACUGAUAGAAAAGUAGCCUCAAUCAUUCAAACUGACAGCAUUUUUUAACCAAAGAAGCAUACCUUCAUCUCAAUGGAGCAACAGCAUGCACCAACUGGGCGUAUUACAGGGCUUGGACAAUGAAUUUGAAACACCUGGUUUUAGACCACAAUAAUUUAUUGUCCUGACGGACAGUUCUGGUGGAAACAGGAGAGUUGAGGUGCACAUUGAAUUCUGCCGUGAUUUGGGCAGCCGUGGUUUUAUGUUUUUUGGAUACAAUCCGGGUUAGCACCCAAACAUCCCUUUCAGACAGCUUCCUCUUACAGCGUCCACAGUUAAUCCUGUUGGAUGUGGUUUGUCCUACUUGGUGAUAUGCUGACAUUACCCUGGAUACCGUGGCUCUUGAUGCAUCACAAAGACUUGCUGUCUUGGUCACAGAUGCUCCAGCAAGACGUGCACCAACAAUUUGUCCUCUUUUGAACUCUGGAAUGUCACCCAUAAUGUUGUGUACAUUGCAAUAUUUUGAGCAAAACUGUUAAAGCUCUUAUCCUGCUAAUUGAACCUUCACACUCUGCUCUUAUUGGUUCAAUAAUGUGCAAUUAAUGAAGAUUGACCACCAGGCUGCUCCAAUUUAGCCAUGAAACCUCCCACACUAAAAUGACGGGUGUUUCAGCUUCAUUGUCCAACCCCUGUAUAUUUUACGUGUUCAUCAUGUAUACUGUAGCUAUAAUAUUCUACUAUUUUUAAGUAGUCACUUGCCAUAUGCCUGUCAUGGGACAAGAGGUAGUAUUGUGUCCCAUGAAUUUUGACACAUCCUAUUAGUGGUGCGAUUCUCUCAGUGUCUGGUCCUAUUUUUGGGGUCAUGAUUUAAAUCAGAAAGGAUUUUCGGUUCUGAAACAAUUUUUUGAUUCAAAUGGUCUAUAAAUUCUGUGUAAAUGAUGUGAUUGAGAAGCUAAAAUGACAAUUUAAACAAAUAGAAUAUUUAUUUAAAACAAUAAUUAUAUGUAUCAAAUCUUUUUGCAACAUUUUAUAUUAAAUUUUUGCAAAUCUUAUAACCUUAAAAAUAAAACGCAGACUUCACAGUCUUUUUUUACUAUAUUGCAACGUGGCAACAUUUUCACAACUUAGCCUUAAAUAUUAAAUAUAUAGAACCUUUUACGGUGGCCAAGUGGAUGCGUUAUGCGGUAUGCAGUGCUGUUGGGAGUAGGAGCAACAAAAAAAAGAGGGGCAAAAAAUAAAACCUAAUCGAUUUUGUGACAUUUUGAAUUGAUUCAGAAUUGCCAGGACUAGGAAUCACAAUUCUUUAAAGAACCCUAUCUCAUAUGGUGGCUAAGUACACCACACCUUUACAUUAAAUAAUGAUAUGAUUUCUA